CCCAAGCUUCCGCGUAAACAUCAUUUCCAAUUCACCCGGGCCAUUCUAAAAGCAGAAUCACUCAUCCGUGUGGCGUACUGCCGCUUGACGGAGCCAAAACGAGCCGCUGGACACAGCAUGCGAGAUGCAUAGCUAAUAAUGUGGGAGCGCUUUGGCAGCGACCCGGAGGACGCGGCGCCCGCGGCCGUGCUGCGGGCGCUGCACCGGCGCGGCGUCGGCAGGCUCCUCCGGGUCACGACGUCGCCGUCGCACGUCGCGCUGACCGUCGCUGCGCGGUGCGACCAAAGGUGCACGCUCGUCUUCGCCACGACACCCGACGCGCCGCCGCGCGACGCCGUCGAGGACGUGGCGACGGCUUUGUCUGAAAGCGCGGAGGCCGGCGCCGUGGCGUGCGCCGUGCCGCGGGCGCGGGCCGUGCGACACGGGCCGUUCGUGGAGAUCGCCCUCUCCGAGUCGACAAAGUCGCGAAACGCGACGCUCGUCAUCGUCGAAACUUCUGGAAGAGCCGACGUCUGGUGCACCUCAACUGAAGGCUGGCGCCGGGCGGGCGGCCUGCAGCUCACGGAUAAUACUAUCUCCUCGGCGGCCUUCGACGGCCGUCGCGUCUUCUGGCGCGAGACUGGGGGAGUCUUCUGCCGCGCGCUCGGCCGGCGGAGCGGCCGGCUCGCGGCGGGCCUGCGGGCGCGCGCGGCCGACGCCGCGGCGGCCUCGUCAGAAAAGCUUUUUGCCGCGGGCCGCGGCAAGGGGGCCUGGCGCGUGAGCGAGGCGCCGCUUAUUAUUAGGAGGGGAGCCUUCGAGCGGUGUCUGGGCGCGUCCGGCGUCGUGUGUCGCGACGGCGACGGCCUGCUGGUCGUGGCGGCCACGGGCGACGUCAUAUGUGUGACCUACGGCGACGCCGGGAUCGAGGCGACGACCUUGGGCCGCGCUUCACAAAACGCGGUCGCCGUGGCGCCCGUCGACGGCGGCGUCGCGCUGCUCGCGGAGGGUUAUGUUGUGUUCUACCCGCGUCGCGGCGUCGUCGCGCGCGUGGCCGCGCCGAAAGGCGCGGUCGCGCUCUGGGCGCACCGCGGCGGCGUCGCCGUGCGCGAUAUGCAUGGAGGCGUCUGGACGCUCCGGACGCCGGACCUCCGCGCGCCGCCGCCGCCGCCUGUUGUAAAACCUCCAGCCGUCGAACCGCGCCCGCGACCGCGGCCGCGCCGCGACUGGCAUAAUUCCAGAGACGCCUUCGCGGCCGCGCAGCGCUUGGCCGAGGCGCCUUCCGCAACACCGCUCCCGUCACUGAAACGGGCCGCGCGGCUCGCGCGCGAGCUGGGCCUCGACCCCGCGACACUGUUUACCGACGGCGACGAGCUGCCGUCGAUGCUGUUCUUCUGCCGCGAGCGGCGACGAGAUCGGUGGUUCGGGUGCUUCGAGCUGUUGUGCCACGUCUGCCUCGCGCUGCGGCCGGAGGCGCUGCCGAAAUUCGUGGCCGACGUGAUCGCCGCGAAGCGCCGGUCGCGGGCCAUGCGCGGCGAGGCGACGGACUCGUCUUCGUCGGACUCCGACGUCAGCUCCGACGAGGCGGAGGGCCACGCCGAGGAGGAGGGGCUCCUCUUCUGGACGGGCGCGCCGGCGCCGCCCGCCUUUCAUGCGGCGCCGCGGUCGGCGGCGCCCGCCGUGUCCGUCGCGCUGCCGCGGCGCCGAGACCGCGCCGGCGACGCGUCGUACGAGCGCCGCGCCGUCGCCUGCCUGCGCGCCGUGCCGGGGCUGGCGCCGGCGCAGCGUGACGCGGUGGAGUUCGUGUGUGCGCGGUAUUCUAGAGCGGGGAAGGCGUUGGGUCUGUGA